UCUGCAACAAAAACUACCACGGGUCCUAGUUCGAGCUUGCUUGAGUCUGCUUCCGGUGGUACAAUUCUCGCCAUAACAACCGGCCGAGGUGAUGCGAGAUCGGAAGUAGGGAUGGCCGCGUUGAAUAUCCGAUGUCCACAUUUGAUUCUUUGUCAGAUCAGUGAUGCCCAGACAUAUAUCAACGCGUUAAGCAAAUUGUAUUUAUUCGAUCCAGUGGAAGUUUUGAUGCCAGACACGAUAUGCGAACGUACCACGGGGAAAAGCGCCCUUUACAAUUCCAUAAUGGAGAAAUUUCCUGAAGUAGAGCUAACGGCAAUAUCUCGUGUACACUUUAAUGACACAGUCGGACUGGAACGAAUCAAAUCACUUUGCAACCCCGAAUACUCCUCGGUGGAAUUAUUCGUUAAACAAAAAUAUUACGCAUUAGCCGCGGCUGCAGCACUAGUGAAAUACGUCGAAUACACUCAACGUGUUGUUUACACUCCAAAAUCGAUGAAAAUUGAGUUUCAAGGAUCACCGAACGCUACUAUGAUAGAUUUGGAAAGCGCUCAAAGCUUAGAGUUAGUCCAGUCGCAAUGUGGUCGACGAAAUAUCAGUUUAUUAGGUAGCCUGGAUCGUUGUUUAACCCCAAUGGGUAGGAAACUUUUACGCUCGAACAUCCUUCAACCCCCUUGUGAAGAAUGCGUGAUUCUCGAACGACAAGCCGCCGUUACCGAACUGGUGUCCAACUCUUCGUUACGUGCGCUAAUCCAGCCCAUCAUACGACGACUUUAUGGCGCUGAUAGACUUCUCGCCUUAUCGACGAUGCCAGUUAUGCACGAAAACAGCGUGCAAAAUGCAGAGCACAAUUUAAAUUACGUUUUGUUAUUGAAAAAUUUAUUAGACGUCAUACCCGAACUGGGGAAGAUAUUAUUAGCUGGUGAGAGUGAUCUCUUGCGCAGAAUUCAAAAGAAACUGGAAAGAGUCGAAUUUCGGUUAAUGCGAGAAAAGAUCGUCGAAACUAUACAUCCAGAUGCGAGAUCGGUAACUGGAUACACAUCUUCGAAUAUGCAACGUUGCUUUGCUAUCAAAGCUGGAAUUAGCGAUCUGUUGGAUGUCGCUCGACAAACCUAUUGCGAAUUAAUCGACGACAUGAAAACUAUGGUGGAAAAUUUGGCAUCCAAGCACAAAUUAACUUUGUCUCUAAACUGUAACGCUUCUCUGGGCUAUCAUAUUCAAGCGAUAUUGCCGCGAAAUUUAAAUACUGAAAACUUUGAUCUGCCAUCCGAAUUCAUAGAGGUACGGAAGAAUAAACGAACGUAUACGAUGACUACCAACGCGCUUGUAACAUUGAGUCAACAAUGUACAAUUGCAUGUGAGGAAUUGCAUUUAAUGAGUAACGUACUUCUCGGUAACUUGCUGCAAAAUAUUCGAGAAUACAUUGGUAGCAUGUUCCAAUUGAAUGCAGAUGUCGCAGAGCUGGACCUGAUAACAUCCAUUGCUCAAGUCAGUUCUCUUCAGACGUAUACGAGGCCGUUGUUUGGAUCCAAAUUGGAAUUAGUCGAAUCAAGACAUCCAAUAAUGGAUGUUUUUAGUCUGGAUGGUCCCAUACCUAACGACGUUAAUGCAUCGAUACCACGAAAUCUGUAUGUAAUUUCUGGACCUAAUAUGAGUGGCAAGUCGACUUAUCUUAAACAAAUUGUUUUGUUGCAUAUAAUGGCACAAAUUGGUUGUUUCGUACCAGCCAAGAAAGCGAUGUUUCGCAUUACAGACCUCAUAUUCUGUAAGAUAGCCAUCCGCGAUGAUAUCGAAUGCAACGCUUCCACGUUUGCUCUCGAAAUGAAAGAAGCUCAGUAUAUUUUACGUUGUGUCACGUCAAGAUCGCUCAUCAUUUUGGACGAGUUAUGUAAGGGUACAGCUAUCGAAGAAGGCGCUUCAAUCGCUUGGGCCAUAUGCGAAAAGCUUCUGAAUACAACUGCUUUUAUUUUUGCUGCGACUCAUUUUUCUUAUCUAACGAAAUUGGCAGAUCUAUACUAUAAUGUGACAAAUCUACAUUUUGAAACGACAAACGCUCGAGGACAGGAAACUGAUAAUUACUCCCACCGAUUAACCUAUACUCAUCGAUUAAAAUCCGGUGUGGCGGCAUAUUCUGACGAUUAUGGCAUCCUUCUAGCUGAAUUAUCUGGUUUGCCAAAGGCAGUUACGGAAAAGGCACGAAGAUAUGGUUCCGAACGAGUGGUUACGGAUCAAGUCACAGCGAAAUCGAACGUAUGGGGAAAAACAUGUUAUAGCAUUCUAGUUAGGUUGUACGAGCUUUUAGAGACUGAAAAGUUUCAUCAGGAGCAAGUGAUCUCAAUUAUCCGGCGCUUCGUAAAUCUUUGGAAACAUCAAGAUUACAAAGACAAGAUUACUGUACAAGAAGAAAAGAAAACGACAAAUGAAAAUGAAAUCAACACACAGAAAAGCAAUGAAAAGGAUAUCGACACACAGAAAAACAAUGAAAAUGAAUACGUAGAAGAUAUCGUAUCCAACAGAACGAAUAUCAUAUAUUCUGGAAAAAAUUGUAAUGAAACGGAACGACACGAUACCUAUGAAACUACAAUUUGUACAAAUACCAGGUCGAAAGAGAUUCCUCUUGUCUUAUCUAAUAGCGCAGGUACCGAUAUCUCAACGAAGGCACAUCAGAUACAAAGUGAAACUCUUAAUUUUGAGAAUGAUUCGUCCAGCAUGAAACAUAAUCAGUAUUACAUGUCAUCGAAUCACUCGUUCAAUUCGAUCGAUCCUACAUCUUCUUAUUUAGUACCAACUGAGAAUAUUUCGAACAAAUCUGAUAAAAUUUCGUUAUCGUCGGAUUAUGUAAAAUUUCAUAAACAGUUUCUGGAAGCCUGUGCUUCUACAGGUCCUAUUAUCGAUAAAACUAUUCCAUCUCCAUCGUUUAUUCCAUCGAACGAGUUAUCAUCGGUAUCGAUGUCAAUGAUCGAAAAAUCAACGUCACAAUUGUUCGAAUGUUGUCUCUCGGAUGAUGAUUUCGAACUACCCGAUGUUUCUUGCGCCUCGGUUCUUACAAAUUCAAGUCAAUUGACGAUUAACGGAACUUAAGUGGCUAGGUCCAAAGUUAUCGUUUAUCUUAUUUUCUUUGCUACACGUUAGAAGUGCAUUCGUAAUAUCAUAGUAAGCGAUGUUAUUAAUUUCAUUUUACUUUAUGUAUAGUCCCUUAUUUUUCUCUAGUUUUCUUUUAGAAAUAGCGCUAUAAAACGUAUUAGUCCAAUGUCAGCUCAAAUAUGACUAUAGACUAAAUGAUUAAAAGCACUAGGAUUCACACAUUUGUCUCAUUUUUUCCUUUACUCUUAUCCCAUUUUCUCACUCUUUAUAUUCGCAAAAUUAUUUGCUUUUACAUUCGAAACAUAGCCAUUCACUUUUUCUUCUUACCGUCAGGUUUAUUUCCCAUUUCUUCCUCUCUUUUAAGCUUCUUUAUUUAUUUACGUCCAUUUUUCCACCCUCUCACGCUUCCUUUUCCUCUUUCACCUUCUUCCUUCGCUACUCAAACCUUCCACAUCCUUUUGUAGCAUUCUUUUUUCUUUUCUUCUCCUCCAUUCCUUUUCCCACCUGUUUAUUCUUUCCUCUUACCGUCAAAUUAUUACAUAUCUAGUUGACAAAUGGAUAUUAAAUAGUAGUGUCACACUACCGGUGUGUAUGUAUUACUUGAGAUGUAUGUAACUUGAGAUAAAUUAUGCGAUAGAUACACAGAGGUAGAAACAUGGAACAUAAUCCUCAAACCUUUACAAACACAUAUUAUACAUACUUACUGAAUAUACAUACAUUAUUACUGAAAUAGCAUGCAAUUUCUCUCGACAUCGCUGUUUUUCCACUUUGAAUUUUAAAACCAUAUUUUAUUCUUACUAUUAUUUAAUACACGAAUAUAUUUUAAACGAAUACAAAGAAGUCAGCAUGGUAAUUAACGUCAUGAUAUCACGAGUACUUUCUCAUUUGCAUCUACAACGAUUCCAUAGACACACGCAGGCAAGGAUGUGAAAGACGAGAUAAAUAACUACCAUCGACAGCA